AUGAACGCUACCUUCCUGAACCACAGCCGCUCCGAGGAGGUGGGCGGCGUGGGCGGCAGCGCCGGGGCCGCCCUGGGGAACGGCAGCCACGGGCUGGGCACGUGGCUGGGCUGCUGCCCGGGGGGCGCGCCGCUGACCGACAGCGACGGGGUCCCCGCGGGGCUGGCGCCCGAUGAACGCAGCCUGUGGGUGUCGCUCGUGGCGCAGGUCGCAGUGCUGUGCGUGCUGUCGCUCACCGUGGUCUUCGGCGUUUUCUUCCUGGGCUGCAAUCUGCUCACCAGCCGGAGCGGGAUCGACUUUCUGGCGCAGGAGCGCCGGCCUUCCAGGGACGUGGGCGCCGCCCUGCUGGGGCUGUACUGA